UUCGGUUUUGAUGGCAACAAGUCCGCGCGUCACGAGCCCUCGGGCCGUCCCCGACGACGACGACUCUCAACCGCGGAGCCCGACCGAGUACAAGCGGUUCUCGAGCUCGAACUUCGUGACGGACGGGUCCCAAGAAUCCUCGACUUCCGUCCAAGAGCCAACUACGAAGGGAGGUACGUUGACACACCACAAGAAAGACGGCAACAUUGCUCGAGAGAGGAAGAACCAACCGACUACCAGUAAUGUCAUCAAGUCAUGGUGGAAGCGAGUGCUCUUCCUUGUGAUCGUGGUCAGCGGUAUCAUGGCAGGCAUUGUCCUUGUCAUUUUGAAAUUGGUCCAGCAAAACGGCGCGACUUCACCGACGGGAACGAAUGGCGGGUACUCGGUCCCGACGCCAACUUCAGAUCCACUCGCGCCAUCCGCAGGUCGCAUCGACGAUGGAUCGGCGUUCUCGGCCGAGUCCUUUCCCGUCGGAGUCAACCCAGUCAAGUACCCUCCACAAGCUUGCAAAUUGCCACAAUACACUUCGUCGAACGGCAAGAUCUACGUACAGGGCCCCAAUGGCUUUCCCCAGCCCGUGUCGAUCAAGGGCAUCAGCUGGGCUGGCAUGGAAACAGCGGAUGCGAUUCCGUACGGCUUGUGGCAUUCCCCCACGAACGGCACAACUGUGUUUCAACUGGCGGCGUUCCUCGCCCGCAACAACUUUAACAGUGUCCGCCUUCCGCUCUGCAUCGAGAGCAUCCUGAACGACCGUCGCCCGAACCCUGACUUGAUCAACACGGCCGCGAACCGGGCGAUCAACUCGCAAAGCUACAUGGGGCUCCUGUCGUCGAUCAUUCGGGCGUUUGCGUUUCGCAAGAUGAGCGUCCUCUUGGACCUGCACACGCUGACCCCCACGGACGCCGGCGGGUCCUGGACCAGCGACAACCUCAGCGAACUCUCGUACUUGGCGGCCGUCGACGUCCUCGCGACCAAACUGUGCAACGAUCAGCAUUGGAAUGUGAUCGGGAUCGAUUUGAAAAACAAACCGUAUGCGGCGACGUGGGGCGACAACGGCCCGAACGACUGGGCCAUCGGCGCGCCCCGCAUUGCGAACCGCAUGCUGAAGGGAUGCCCAAACUGGUUGGCGUUUGUUCAAGGCACCGUGGCCAAGCACACGCUACGGUCCGACGACAACACGCAAGUCUUUACGUACACCGACUGGUGGGGCGGUGGGCUCCAGAACGAGGCAACGGCCCCGUUGAAGCUGAGCAUCCCCAGCAAGCUCGUGUACGCGCCGCACUACUACUCGCCGUCCGAGUACCCGCAGUCUUACUUUGUCCAGAACGGGGUGCGCGACCACGACCUUAUGGUGGGGUACACCGAGUACACGAAUGAAACACUCAAACGCCGGGUGGCUGCCACGAUGUCCGACAUGUUUGGCUUUCUCACGCAGUACCAACAAGGCGCAGUGGUGCUGGGGGAAUUCGGCGGGUUGUACGCGAAAGAUGCCUUUGCAAAUCUCACGAACCGCCGCGUGAUUGAGCUCACGAUGGACGUGGCAUCCCAGCCAGGGUUUGCCGGGGGCUACGUGUGGGCUCUUAACCCGGAGACCCAGUACGAGUACAACCCAUCCAACACCAAGGGGUCGUGGCAAGAAGGGCUCGUCGGAGACACUUGGACGACCGCGAACGGCCCGUACCUGACCGCUCUCAAAAAGUUGGACUCGCUGCCGUAUUUGCAGCCAUGGCCGUGUGUUUCCUGAGCUGUAGCUGCACCUCAGGGUGAGAUCUUAAUGCCAACCAUCUAUCAUGCGUGUUCGUUG